UAUUGCCGGUAACACUUUUAUCUUCUCUUCUCCGUUGUUUCCUCUUUGCUCAGCCGAAUUCAAAUUCUUCGUUUUUCGAUCAGACGAGAAAACCCUAAAAAUGGAUGGACACGAUUCAGAGGAUCCUAAGCAGAGCACUGCAGAUAUGACAGCUUUUGUCCAGAAUCUUCUGCUGCAGAUGCAAUCCAGGUUCCAGACAAUGUCGGACUCCAUUGUUACGAAGAUCGAUGAGAUGGGGAGUAGGAUCGAUGAGCUCGAGCAAAGCAUCAACGACCUGAGAGCCGAGAUGGGCGUGGAAGGCACUCCUCCUCCUGCUGCAUCCAAAUCAAGCGAUGAACCCAAGACUCCUGCUGGUUCUACUUAAGAUGACAGGUCAUGGAUCUUACUUUCCCUAUUUAGUAAACAUUCAAAGAGCUGUGUUUGUUUGGGUUUUUUUCCCCCUUUUUAGGACCAAAUGACUUCUUGUUGUUUGUUGUUCAUCAAACGGGAUGAAAUGCUUUAUUUGAUCAUUGGUUCGUUUGUGACCCCACCAAAAUGGGAAACCA